AUGAAACAAGAGUUGAGAGCAGUUCUUAUUGGAAGGCAACACUGUGGGAAAACAUCGGUGAUCAACACUAUAUUGGAAACCAGAACAGAAGCUGAAGGAGAUGAGAAUGUGAAGAGAGAGGGAUUUAUUGAUGGCAGAAGAGUCAGUCUGGUUGAAACUCCUGGCUGGUGGAAAACCUUCAAUCCAAUAGAUUUUUCCAACAUCUCCAAACUGCAGCUGGUUCGCAGGAUUUCUCUGGUUUCACCCGGACCUCAUGCGGUUCUGAUCGUGAUUCGGGCCGAUUCUGCAUUUACUGACCCCGAUGGGAGGUUUCUGGAGGAGCAUUUGGAGCUGCUGGGUCCCAAUGUCUGGACUCACACCCUCGUUAUCUUCACAAGAGGAGAUUUAAUUCAACGAGAAGACAUAGAGCAGCGUAUUCAGGAGGAGGGGUCGGCGCUCAAGCGGCUUAUUGAAAAAUGUGAAAAUAAAUAUCAAGUUUUUAAUAAUUCAAACCAUCACGGCCGAACCCAAGUCGAAGAGCUGCUCAAUAAAAUCGAAGGAAUUGUGAAGACGAGUAAAGGCAUGCACUUUAACAUUGACUUGGAAAAAGUAAAAGAAGUCAAUGAGCAGUGGGAGGAAAUUCAGACCAGAGCAAAUUCUAGAAAAUCCAGAGUACAGAAGGAACGGUCAAUAUUUAAAGAAAAAGCAUAUGUGCGUCGUCUUGAGGAGAUCAGAGUUGUUGUGCUGGGAUGGGUUCUUGGUGGAAAGAGUUCAGCUGGAAACACCAUCUUGAACCGAGAUGAAUUUGCCAUCGGAGGAAAAACCAGAGAAUGUACGAGGAGGUUUGGAGAUGUAGACGGAAGGAAAAUGACUGUUUUGGACACUCCAGGCUGGUGGAAGUACUUCGCAUCUGAACUCAACCCAGAUUUCAUUAGAUCUGCGAUCUUAGGAAGCGUUUCAGAGUGUAAGAAGUUCCCUCACGCCAUGCUGCUCGUGAUCCCAGCAGACACGUCAUUUCAGGAAGAACAAAAGAGAAUCACUGAGCAAAAUAUGUCUAUCCUGGGAGACGACGUCUGGAGACACACAAUAGUUCUGUUCACGUGGGGCGACAAGUUUAAAAACAUCUCAAUCGAGCAGCACAUUGAGAGUGAAGGUGAAGCUCUUCAGUGGCUGAUUGAGAAAUGCAGGAGCAGAUACCACGUCUUUGACAACACAGACAAGAACAAUCGAGAUCAAGUCUCAGAGCUGCUGCAGAAGAUUGAUGAGAUGGCGGCAGAAAACAGUCUGUUUUGUCUCAAAACACGGAAAAACUGUGAUGAGAAAAGCUGUCAGAAAACUGACAAACAGGAGGCUCUGAAUAUGGAGAUCAGACUGAAGGACAUCUGCCACUUUCUGGACGAGGGGUUUAAGAGAAAAGCUGAAGAGAUAAGAAGGAAGAUCGAAAAGUUAUGCAUGGAUAUCUUGGAAGUACAUCUAAACCUUCAGGACUCUUGGAGUAUGGAUGAUCCUAUUGACUGUAUGUUUUCACUCACUAUUGUGUUGUCAGGUAUAAUUUAUAAACCCCACAGACCAUUAAAAGCGAUCAGUGCACCUCAACAGGACAACAUCCCUGAGCCGAUUAAAACACUUCUGGUGAGAGAGUUCAGCAGAUGGGAAAGUAUCAUCAUAGAUGGUGUUCAGGAAAGUUUCCAGGACAUUAAAUCAUCAUUUGAGCUCUCUCAGGCUGAGAAGAGGCAAAAGUCAGUGGAUGCUGUUGAGAGAUGGCUACAGAACUGCUACCAUUAUGUUCAACAUACUAUUGAUAAAAUACAAGCUCCAGAAUCAGGGAUCAGUACAAAGAGACUGAAGAUACAAUGA